UCUUCACAUUCACACACGUGAGGCUUCCAAAAACCCAAGGCGCACUCGGCAGUGGAACUCCGCUUUCUCUUGCUAGGGUUUCAGCUCUCCGCCACCGUCAUGAGUGCCUCCAGGCCGGAUCACCGUCGCCGCCACCCGCCGUUCCUGCGGGACCUCUCGUCCCCGAUCUCCUCGUCGUUUCGCCUCCCACCGGCCUCGAUGCGGCGAGAGGCGCAGGCCUCCACCCCGCCGCCGCCUCCGCCGCUGCUCUCCCUCGACGACCUCUCCCACCUCUCCCCCUCCAGGCAGCCGGCCACGCCUCCGCAGGCGACGACGACCCCCUCGCCUCAGCCCCCGCGUGGAGCCGUUCUCUUCUCCUCGCCGCUGCGGUCCAACGGCUCGCCGGGGCCCUCGGCAUGGUGGACCCCCUCGAGGGAGGAGAAUCCCAGGGAGGGAUCACCGAUGGAUGGCGUCGUGCAGUACCAGCAGCAGUCCCCGACGACGCCGUCGGGUCAGCAGUCACAGCAGCAGAAGGUAGCGCUGAUCACGCUGCCGCCCCCCAGGGAGGUGGCGCGGCCGGAGAUGCCCAGAGAUUCGGCUCCGGCUGCUGGACGGGUCGACGAGGAGGAGUGGGUCACCGUUUUCGGAUUUUUUCCUGGUGAUACUAACAUGGUGCUGCGAGAAUUUGAGAAGUGUGGGAUAGUCUUGAGACAUGUUCUUGGUCCAAGGGAUGCGAACUGGGUGCAUAUCUUGUAUCAGAGCCGGCAUGAUGCGCAGAAAGCGCUCGCCAAGCAUGGGCAGCAGCUAAACAGUGUUCUUAUCAUUGGUGUGAAGCCAGUGGAUCCGUGGCAGCUGCAGUACCUGAACGAGAACACCAACGAGAACUACCAGGGGAGCGCUACAGCCACGUUCACAUCGCAACCUGUAGCGCCAAGUGGAUUUGCAACCAGGAAUGCACUAGCACCUCUACCUAGCAACACUCUGACGAAUGGCAGCUGCAACGACAGCAACCUUGGCGCGUCUGGGGCCGUUGCGUCGCCUACAAAAUCUGUCCUGUCCAAAGUCAUGGACUUGAUGUUCGGCCUUUAAGUUGCGUUGCUCACCCAAAUGGUGCCGGGUUUUUUUUUGAGGGGUUCCUUCUGGGAAAACUCUAGGCCAGAAUGAGGUUCACUUAUCGAUGUUACGGUAAAAACGUUACGUGAUCACCGUGGUUGAACCACUGGGUGUCAAUGCGACCGUUAUAUGAUGCUGCGAGCUAGCAUCGCGAAAUUCAAACGGUUGUAUUGAUGCGUUGCAAAUCAUGUCUGAAACGACGUCAUGAACCUGACUUGUAUUUUGUUGGACAUGUCACAUGCCCACGACAUUUAUGAAGGAUGUGAGCUUGGGGGCGCCAGCUAUGCUGUCUUCAAAAGUCAAAUUGGAAAUGGAAUAUGAAUUGUUCCCC